AUGGCGGAUGGCCCAUGGCGUGGUUUCUACUGCGCCUUUGCGGUAUCUAUGUACUCAAUGUUUAUGUGGAAAGUAGGGCGGGGCAGGAAGAAAAAGGGGAGGGGCAUGACAGGUAAAGGUGAGCUUCUACACCCAGGAAAAGAUCUCAGCGUCUUGUUGACUUCCUUGUUUCUCUGUUCUCCAGCGGACUGCGCAAUCAAGGCAAUGGUGAAGCACGAGCAGGAGGAGUCUCCCAACAGGCCUGACAACACUGCCUUUACCCAGCAGAGGCUUCCGGCAUGGCAGCCCAUUCUCUCCGCAGGCAUUGUUAUUCCAGGGUUUGUCCUCAUUGGGCUCGCAUUCAUUGGCGUUGGAGUUGGUCUCUUCAUCACUUCACGGGACGUCCAGGUGCUGGAGUUGGACUACACUGGUGCUGUAGCAACCGAUCCCUGCUAUAAGUGCAGUGACCCAAGUAUCAAGGAUUGCGGGUGCACCAUGGAGUUCCAUCUCGACACUCUGUUUAAGGGGCCUGUCGUCAUUUAUUAUGGCUUGAACAACUACUUUCAGAACCAAAGGAAGUACGGCAUAUCCAAAGAUGACAAUCAGUUGUAUGGAGACCUGGAUACCUUUAAAAGUCCUGCUACAGCAUGUUCCCCCUAUGAUUAUGAUGGCAAGCGUAACCCAAUCGUGCCUUGUGGAGCGCUGGCAAACAGCAUGUUCAAUGACACCUUUAGGCUGUAUCGGAUGGUCAACGGGAGUAAAAAGGAAGUGCCUCUUAAUGGAAAAGGGAUUGCUUGGUGGACAGACCAAAAUGUCAAGUACCGAAACCCCAAUGAGACACCCCUGAUUAACGCUUUCAAUGGAACGGUGAAGCCCAUAAAUUGGCCCAAGGCUGCUUACGAGCUGGACACCACUGAUGUGUAUAACAACGGCUUCAUCAAUCAAGAUUUCCUCGUCUGGAUGAGAAGGGCAGCUCUUCCCGAUUUCAGGAAGCUAUAUCGACGAAUCACAAAAGAUGAGUAUCAAGCUGGUCUACCAGCUGGAAACUACUCUCUGGAAAUUUCCUACAACUACCAUGUUCUGAGCUUCAAAGGAAAGAAGAAAUUGGUGCUCAGCAACGUCUCUUGGAUGGGAGGAAAGAAUGAUUUCCUGGGCAUUGCCUACCUUGUGGUUGGUUCCUUGUGUGUAAUCAUGUCCAUUGUUAUGCUCAUCGUGUACGCUAAAUUCAAGUUUCCUGAAGAAGACUGAGCAUCUCAAUAAGAGCCAACGAAAACUUCAACCUCAGUUAGCGACAGCUGCUCUGGCUUCAAACAGAGGGUUAGAAUGACCUCUGAACUGAAGGCACAAUGUUGAAAUUAGGAUGUUUGAAUUUGAAUGUACUGCUAGUACACUUUUUAUUUUAAAUGUUAUCUCUAUUUCUUAAACAGCUUUUUUUCAUCUUCAGAGUUUGAGCUGCUUUCUCAUGUGAGGUUGAUCUUAAAGCUAUAUUUCUCAUGAAAAGCCAUUUAUAACUAAUCAGGUAGUUACAUUCGAUACAUAGCUUUCAUAUAAAUGUUGUAAAAAUUACCUUCUAACUCAGGGAUGUUUUACAGGCUGUUAUUUGGCUUCAAAGCUUUUUAACUUUCAGUAUUGAUAAAAAUGGGUCACAUUGUCUUUUAUUUAUUGAAUAAAUAAACAAAAAUGA